UUGUCUUCUUAAUGCUUAAAACAGAUUAUCUUGGCUGACUGAACAAUACAGAGAGGGAAAUUUCCAGUAACCGAUUUCUGUAGAAACAAAAUCUGGACCUCUAGUUCUUCAAGACAGGCAUCUGUUUCUGAAAAAUGGACAAGAAGCCGGAUAUCUACCGGAGGGAGUUAGUGGAUGUUCAGGGUGUCCCCCUCUUCUGGAGCAUUGCUGAGGAGUGGUCCCAGGUGGAGUCAUUUGAAGCCCGACCUGAUGACCUUCUGAUCUCAACCUACCCCAAAUCUGGGACAACCUGGGUCAGCGAAAUAUUGGAUUUGAUCUAUAACAAUGGAGAUGCGGAGAAAUGUAAGCGGGAUGCAAUAUACAAACGAGUGCCGUUCAUGGAAUUGAUAAUUCCUGGAUUCGAGAAUGGUAUAGAGGACUUGAAAAAAAUGCAGCCUCCUAGAUUAGUGAAAACACACCUACCUGUUCAACUUCUCCCUUCUUCAUUUUGGAAGAAUAACUGCAAGAUGGUGUAUGUUGCACGAAAUGCUAAAGAUGUGGCUGUAUCUUACUAUUAUUUCUACCAGAUGGCAAAAAUACACCCAGAGGCUGGCACCUGGGAGGAAUUCCUGGAAAAAUUCAUGACUGGGAAGGUGGCUUUUGGUUCUUGGUAUGACCAUGUGAAGGGCUGGUGGGAGAAGAGGAAAGAUUAUCGUAUCUUUUACCUAUUUUAUGAAGACAUGAAAGAGGAUCCAAAACAUGAAAUUCAGAAGUUGUUACAGUUUCUAGAGAAAGAUUUGUCAGAAGAAACUGUGGAUAAAAUCCUCUAUCACAGCUCUUUCAAUGUGAUGAAACAGAAUCCAAGUACAAAUUAUACCACUGUACCAGAUUUUGAUAUGGAUCAUUCUGUAUCUCCUUUCAUGAGAAAGGGUAUUUCAGGAGAUUGGAAAAACCAAUUCACCGUAGCCCAGUAUGAAAGAUUUGAAAAAGAUUAUGAAAAGAAAAUGAAAGGUUCUACACUGCGGUUUCGUUCAGAGAUUUAAGAAGUCUUGCUCUUUCUCCGACUUGUUUAGCUGACACUUAAAAGAAAAAGUAUCCCUUCAAAUAUUUAGUGACAAGAAUUCUGUAUGUUAAUUUUCUCUAUUUACUAAUAUUAGUGGUUUGUAAUAGAAUAUUCAAAGAAUUUCAAAGUCUACAUAUAAAAAAC